GCGCUCGGGAGAGCUGGCCGACCCCCCGCCCUCACCCGCGGCCGCCCUUGCCACUCUAAGAGCCCGCGCCGGUUUUUUUGGAAGAGCCGAGGCCGAGUUCCCCCCCACCGAGGUGUCGCGAGAAGCGCCCCAGCGGCCACCUCUCGCGAUGUUUGGAGGCGCAAAAGGCGGCCAUUUUGGGGUCCCCCCCGCUGGUUACUCCGGCGCUGUCCCCCAGGCUGAGGCUGGGACCAAGGCUGGCCCCGCAGGAGGCCGGCCGGCCGACACUAUGUGGCGGCUCCGCUGCAAGGCCAAGGGUGGCACCCACGUUUUGCAGGGUCUUUCCAGCCGGACCCGCUUACGGGAGCUGCAGGGCCAAAUCGCCGCUAUCACCGGCAUCGCUCCGGGCAGUCAGCGAAUCCUCGUCGGCUACCCGCCCGAGUGCCUGGAUCUCAGCGACCGGGACAUCACUCUUGGGGACCUGCCCAUCCAGUCAGGUGACAUGCUGAUUGUUGAAGAAGACCAAACCAGACCAAAAGCUUCACCUGCGUUUUCAAAACAUGGUGCUCCUAGUUAUGUCAGGGAAACUCUGCCUGUGCUUACCAGAACCGCAGUCCCAGCAGACAACUCUUGCCUCUUUACCAGUGUGUACUAUGUCGUUGAAGGAGGAGUCUUGAAUCCAGCUUGUGCCCCUGAGAUGAGACGACUCAUAGCACAAAUUGUAGCAAGUGAUCCAGACUUGUAUAGUGAGGCGAUACUGGGAAAGACAAACGAAGACUACUGUGAUUGGAUCAGAAGGGAUGAUACGUGGGGGGGAGCAAUCGAGAUCUCAAUCCUGUCUAAGUUUUACCAAUGUGAAAUAUGUGUAGUAGAUACACAGACAGUCAGAAUUGAUCGUUUUGGGGAAGAUGCAGGAUAUACCAAAAGAGUUCUGCUUAUCUACGAUGGCAUUCACUACGAUCCGCUUCAGCGUAACUUCCCUGACCCAGAUACCCCUCCUCUGACCAUUUUCUCCUCAAAUGAUGAUAUUGUUCUUGUACAAGCACUGGAAUUAGCUGAUGAAGCUAGAAGAAAGAGACAAUUCACUGAUGUAAACCGCUUCACCCUGAGAUGCAUGGUGUGUCAGAAGGGCCUAACCGGACAAGCAGAAGCAAGGGACCAUGCCAGGGAGACAGGCCAUACCAACUUUGGAGAGGUGUGAUCUGUUCAUAAGAGUGGGAGCCUACUACCUCACAGAUCCAGAAGGCUCUGGGUUUUCCAAUAAGCUAUUCAUAACCCUACAGAAUAGAACACAAUGCUCGGACCAUCCUUUUAUCCUAAACUAGUAUGACUGACACUGAAAUUCCUUGUUAAGAUUAAAAUCAGUGUGCAAGUUUACAGAUGUGUGUCUACACUAGUGGCAUGCCCUCUUUCUACUGGGGUGUCGGAAUAGGUGGUUUUGGCCACUUCGGAUGCUAACCCGAAGACUGGAUUGUAUUAUAAACCAGCACCUAGCGGCUUUAGCUUAUAGAAGAAAACAUCAUAUUUUAGGUAAUGUGGAAAGCCUUGUGGAGGGCCACUGGACAUAUACCACAAUGUCUCCAGUAGUUGAUUCCUUUUAAUAACUUUGAAUGAGUUAGUAGUUUCUAAAUUCUGAAUUGAUUCAUCAAAUGAAGAUACUCAGAAUUGUCAAAACUUUUUAUAUUGCAAUUUGGUAGACUUUAUAAGUGUAUCUAACUACUUACAAGUAUAUUAAAAGCAAUUUUACAGGGAGAAGUAUGUCCCUUGAGAAUGUUAUCUAAAACAGGGAUUAAUAUGGUCCUGUUGCGAUUUCUAGUGUAUAAAAGUAGAAUGUAUAAGGGGGAAAGGUGCCUGAAGCAGCUUCCUGAAGCUUUAAAAGACUGUUGGCCUCUUGUUUUAAUGCAAUUCAUGUAUUGGUAUUUGUCACAUUAGGUAAUUUUUUUUCAAUGAAGCAGGAUAUGCCUUUUUAAUUGCUAAUUUAGUUUAAAAUUCAAGAAGUAUCUUGAAAUUUUGAGUGUUUAGUUCUUUUGCUUUUUUUUUUUUUACAUACAUACAAAUUUUUCUGGAGGGAUUUGAUUUCCUCAGCUCUUCAGCUCAAAGCACUUCUUACUAACAAGUCUUCCUCUAAAGUGUCAAUGGUAUAUUUUGGUUUCCUGAAACUCUUUUCUGUAGAGAACAGUAUUCAUAGAUCCACUAUGAUCUUUUGGAUAUUUCACAUUUCUGCAAGUUAGUACUUUGUUCAUCUGUGAUCUUUGACUUUCAGUUUUUAAAUAAUUGAUUUGGUUUGUUUCACUUAGAAAAUAUACAAAGUUUUAAAAUCCUUGCCUUAUACAGCUCUCUCAGAAUAUUGCUACCUAGUGUCAGGUAUGUAGCCAUUUGCUUGAUGGAUUGAUCCUCAAGGCACUUGCUCUCAAAACUUAGCUUCACUAUAGAAUCUUCCAGGUAAAGUUUUCUACCUCUUAAUUCUUCUAAAGAUCAGGGAUGCUAAGUUAUAAUUUGUUGUAUAUCUGUCAUACAGUGUAUAGAGGCAUAAUGUUGUGAAGUUUUGUUAUCUUGAUCUUAUUUAUUAAAUAUCUCAGAGAACCAUUUACACCAAUGUGCUUUAAAGCACUUAACAUCUUUCCAUGAUUCUUCUUAGCAAGUGUUUUAAAAUCAAAGUCAACCCUUAGCCUUUUACAUGGUAAUCGUGACCAUGUCAAUUAAGGAAUAUUAAAGUGAACAAUUUAGAAAGUUCCUUUAAGGACAUUGAACAAUUCACAAAGUAUGCUUCGAUCAUCAAAUGAGAUUCUCUCUUGUGUUGAGACAAAGUCUCCCUGUGUGUUUCUUGCUGGCCUGGAAUUUGUUAUAUAAACCAGGCUCCUCCAACUCAAAGUGAUCCUUCUGCCUCUGCCUUCUGAGUGUUGAGAUUACAAGUAGGGGCCACCAUACCUGGCCAGAUGACUUUUCUUGAAUGCCCUUUGUGCACAUAGCCAGUCAGGCAAUGGCAUUAUUAUAUUCAUAUAAGUUGAAAAUGUUUUUCUUUUUUGAACUGAGCCUUAAAGAUAGUUCUAGUGAGCUAGGAUGCCGGGCACUUGGAGGUCAUGACAUGUAAUGACUGUCACAAAAGUCUCUUCAGACCUGUCCUCUGGGUUAGAUUUUUUAAAUCUCUUUUGUUUUCUCUGUAAAAUAUUUAAUUUAAAGCUGUACAUUAAAACUGUAACAUUGGGUUAUGCAUCGUAUUUAUAAAGCUUACCUUCCUUUACCACUUGAGCAUCCAAAUUCAAUAUUUCUAAAAAUUUGGAUCCAAGUUUGUUCAUGCAACAAGUAUUUAUUGAAUAACUUAUAAUGUGUCAGGCAUGUUCUAUUUUUUGAAAAUAAACUCCUGUCACUUAAAAAUUGAGUCUAUAUAAUGUACAGAGGAUUUGUUUAGUAAACGUAAAGAAAUAGAAUGAGCACUGGUAUCUUAAAAAUCAAGUCUUUGUUCUAAGUGUUAUUUGUAUGUCUUGUUUAGUAUUUAUUUAGGGGAUUGUUUCUUAUUCUAUUUUUAUCUUUUGCUUGGUUUGUCAGGUAGACACUUGAUAGUAAAAUGGCUUUCAAAAAGACAUUUUAAUCAUUUGCUGAUAUGAGAACUGGUUUGAGAGUAGUGUUUUUGUUGUGAAACAUUCCAGGUGAAGCAUUAUAUGCAAAUUAUUUAAUUAUUAAUUUCUGUUCAUUCCAAAUACAAGCUGUUAAGCCUCAUAGAAUUUAAAAGAUUUGUUUUAUAUUUUUUCCUGUAUGUAUUAAGCUCUUGAAAUUGUGAGGAAACUCAUUUUUAGAUUUUUGAAAACAUCUGUGAAUUUAGUUGCAGCAAAGCUAAAAAAA